AUGAGAAGAAAACCCAUGAAAUAUAUUUUGAACCUGGCAAAGUUGUCAACACCUACAGGUUAUUACUCUGAACGUUCGGUACAUCGAUUAUACACAAAAAUGGAAGGAAAUACUUCUCACAAAGAAAAUCUUGAUCCAGUUACUCCAAUGCAAGAUCCUGUGAUAUCUACUAAUCCUGUAGUUAAAAAAAGGGCUGAAAUGUUUUUAAGGAGGAGCAUUGGCAGACAAGAAAAAGACAAAGAGUAUCCUUCGAGAAGAGUACGAAGAUGCUGA